CGUGGUCGGGGAGCGGUCAGCUGAUCCUCGGCACAUCCGCCUCUGUGCGCCGCUUCUGUUUACAUCCAGCUCCCCGCACACGGACCCGGACACCCGAGCACCGCAGCAUGUCCGGCCCUCAUCUGUGACAGAAUCGUGUCUUUAUCCGAGCGGCGUCUGGAGUCACGAGGCUCUCACGGUGUGGGUGGGUGGGUGCCAGUCAUGCAGCACCCAAACUUUGAGACUCGUCACCCUCUGCAGUCGGAGGAGCAGGAGACGGGCGUCGACCCCCUCCACAACUUCAACAAGAACCGCAGCCGAGGAGGGAGUCUGGACAGCAGUUCUCACUCUCAGCCUCAGUCCACGUUCCAGUCGUACAGGAGGGAGUGGGACGAUCUGUUCGUUCACAGUAAUUACUUGGCACAGAUCAGACAGGCGGGCAUCAGCGGGCACCUGAGGAGCAGCCGCUUCAGGAGCGUCUGCUGGAAGUUGUAUCUGGAGGCGCUUCCUGAGGACAAGAAUCAGUGGAUCAACAAAACCCAGGAGCUCCGGGCGCAGUAUGAGAAGAUUAAAGAGACGCACAUCACAAACCCUCGUAAAGCUGCUGGACAGCAGGACCUGGUGGUCAACAACCCUCUGUCCCAGGACGAAGGGAGCUUGUGGAACAAGUUCUUCCAGGACAAAGAGCUGAAGGGGAUGAUCAAGCAGGACGUGCUCAGAACGUUCCCGGAGAUCCGAUACUUCCAGGACGAGGACGUGAGGACCAAACUGACCGACAUCCUGUUCUGUUACGCCCGAGAGAACGAACAGCUGCUUUAUAAACAGGGGAUGCACGAGUUGUUGGCUCCCAUAGUGUUUGUGCUGCACUGUGACCAUCAGGCGUUUCAACACGCCAGUGAGACGGCCACGCCCAGUGAGGAGAUGAAGUGUUUGUUAAACCCAGAGUACCUCGAACACGACGCCUAUGCCAUGUUCUCUCAGCUCAUGGAGACCGCAGAGCCCUGGUUCUCCAGCUUCGAGAGAGAAGUCCGGAAGGGCAAAGAGGAGAUGUUGACGAGCAUCCCGUUCGCUCGGCCUCAGGACUCGGGGCCGUCCGUCGCCAUAGUGACCAAAGUAAACCGCAUCCAGGACCAGCUGGUGAAGAAGCACGACGUGGAGCUGCACAUGCACCUGAACAGGCUGGAGAUCGCCCCCCAGAUCUACGGCAUUCGGUGGGUGCGUCUCUUGUUCGGUCGGGAGUUUCCUCUUCAGGAUCUCCUCGUGGUUUGGGACGCUCUGUUCGCCGACAGCAUCACUCUGGACCUGGUCGACUAUGUCUUCGUGGCCAUGCUGCUGUACAUCCGCGACGCAUUGAUUGCCAGUAACUUCCAGACGUGCCUGGGCCUCCUCAUGCACUACCCCCCCAUCGGAGACAUCAACGCUCUGCUGCAGAAGGCCCUGUUCCUCAGAGACCCCAAAAAUCACCCUCGACCCGUCAACUACCAGUUCCAACAGAACCUGGACUAUUACAACACGAGAGGAGCCGAUCUCAUGAGCAAAACACGGUCGAGUGUGAAACCUGCUCCUCUGAACAUCAACAAAGUGUCCAGCAGUCUGCUCAGCUUCGGCCGGAAGCUCAUGGGUCCGGCCAUGUCUGGAGGGUCGGGGAACUUCCAGCCCAUCAACGCCGAGGUCCAAGCGUCCGCGCCCACCUCCCCGACCAGGACGCGCCCGCCCGCCGCCGCCCCCCCCCACCCGCUGGCCGACCCCGCACCCGGCCCCGCCCCUCCGCCCGCCCACGGCCACGCCCCCAACCAGCACUACCGCAUGCUCAAGUCUGAGAGCAUGCCCGUGCAGCUCAGCAAAGGCCCGGGGUCUCAGGCGGUCAGCUCGUCCCCCAGCGUGGAGAGUCUCUCGGGGAAGGCUCAGUGCGGCGCGUCCCCCCCCCUCCACGCCUCCAGGGGCAGCGACGUCAACACGGCGUCUCCUCCGCUCUCCGCCUCCAAGAAGGAGUCUUUCUUCAGCAUCACGCGCUCCCGCUCCCACAGCAAGAGUAUGGGCAGGAGGGACACGGAGGAGGACCUGGAGGCUCAGGUCUCUUUUCUUCAGGGUCAAAUCAACGACCUGGAGGCAAUGAGCAAAUACUGCGCCCGCAUGAUGAACACACACAUCUGUAAAAUCCAGGACGUGAUUCUUCAGGAGCACCUGCAGAAGGAGGACGAGGUGCUGGUGUCUCUGGCUGGACUCAAACAGAUCAAGGACAUCCUGAAGGGGGCGCUGCGCUUUAACCAGAGUCAGCUGGAGGCCGAGGAGAACGAGGAGAUCACCAUCGCCGACGACCACUACACCUCCACUGCCGAGACCGCCCUCCACGGCAACAGUCACCGCGGCGACCAGCCCCAGCCCCGCCCCCAGCCCCGCCCCCCGCGCCGAGCCAACCCCGACUCGGACCUGGAGGGCAGCACGAGCGCGGAGGAGCGGGAGGAGCGGGAGGAGGAGCCCCAGAGCCCCCCGGAGACUCAGGUGGCGUCCUCCCUGGGCUCUGACGCCGGGCGGAGCUGGGGCGACUACAUCCUGGUCUCGCAGGACGGGGAGCUCCAGGGGGGAGGGGCCGCCAUCCGGAGGGGGCGGGGCCUGGUGCGUCUGGAACCAGAGGGCUCGGCCGCCGCCUUCCACGACCCCCUGACCGCCGGCAGCCCCACGGGGUCGUCCAGCCCCGACGACGAGGGCUCCACCAACAGCAAGGACUCGGACUUCACCAUGGUCAACCCGGGCGACCUGUGAGGGGGCGGGGAUGGGGGGAAGGGGGCGGGGAUAGGGGGGUGAAGGGGCGGGGUUAAAUCUUGCACAUUCGGACUGAGACACUUUGACCCAAACUCCACGUGUCACCCGUGCCAUGUGUCUGCGCUCACCGCCGAACAAACGCACUGUCCACCGCUGAGAGAGGCAAAGACCCGACUAUUACCACGCUGAUGAGCAAACUAAAGCCACACUGCGUAACCUUUUUUAUUUAGAGAUGUUUUUGUUUGGCCGAGAAUGUUCCAUACGGAAGCCGAGAGGGGUCACAGCAAACGCAAACGCCGCAACAAAUACAAAUGUGACAACACAACAAAAAGCCACAAUAAACCAAAAAAAGCCACAACGGAAAUGACCGCGGGACUCUAUUUUCCGACGGACCGAUCAAGCGGCAAGUGAAGAAGAAGAAGAAGAACUACAACGUGAAACGAAUAAUGAUAAAACAAUAAAUAGUUGUAAAAUAGAGUCCCGCGGUCAUUUCCGUUGUGGCUUUUUGUUGUGUUGUGGCAUUUGUAUUUGUUGUGGCAUUUGUAUUUGUUGCGGCGUUUGCGUUUGUUACCUCUCUUCUUCCACUGUCCUGAAUGUCUUUACACGUGUCGAUCUUUUACGUUACUGCAGCUGGAUUAAGGCCUCGACACACUACGCGAGAAUUUACCCGAUUUUGGACGCGAUUUUUCUUCUCCCCGAGUUCGUCGAAACGCAACUCGACUUUGUGUUUUCGUCUGCGCUGCUCGAGUUUGUGAUCGUAACUGCCGAACUUCAGCGACACAGAUUAAAAUCAUUCUAACUGAAGCGUCCAUCAGAAUUCGAACUGAAAAGUUACAACUUCAGGAAUUAAAAUCACAAAAUGAAACGGUUUCACUUUCUUCAGUACGAACACGAAAUCACAGACGCGACUCGACUGUCAACACUUCACAGGACUGAACCAGGACUGAACCAGGACUGAACCAGGACUGAACCAGGACUAAACCAGGACUAACCCAGGACUAACCCAGGACUCAACCAGGACUCAACCAGGACUGAACGAAGGCUAAAACAGAACUAAACCAGGACUAAAAUUGGACUGAAACAGGACUAAACCAGGACUAUCCCAGGACUAAAAUUGGACUAAACCAGGACUAAACCAGGACUAAACUAGGACUAAACCAGGACUAAACCAGGACUAAAGCAGGACUAAACUAGGACUAAACCAGGACUCACUGUCGGGGCGGGCUCGUAGCUGCGCCCGUGUAGACCAUCAGGUGACCGCGGGCAAAAGGACCCGGCUCAGAGCUCCGCCCCUAACCCCCACGGAGAUAAGCGCAGCCGUUGCCCGAUCGCACUUUGUGGACGCCCUGCUCCACGAGCUCAGGGUUUUCUCUCUUAAGUCCAAGAUUAGUCCUGGUUUAGUCCUGGUUUAGUUCUGACCCGCACGUAAAAUCGCUUAAGACCGAAAAAUCUUGUCGUGUGUGACUCACUGUGCGCGGGCUCACGUCUCCACAGAUCUGACCUGUCACUUGGCUUGUUGGCGCAGCGAGCUCAUCUCCACGGAGAUCGAGAAGUAAGAAAAUGUCGUACUGUUGAACAUCGCAGGUGAAAAGGUGAAAGUCCAAAAAAGUCACGUAAUUUUGUCUGAAAAUCUGCAGUUUGAUAUUUUCCCAAAGUUAAACGAAGCUGAACACGACGGCUUUUUAUUUUCCUCUUAAACCGUGUAUUUGGUGUUUCAAAAGCAUCGUCUGCUCUUCUGGCGGUUUUUCUUUUUCGCAUCACAAACAGAAUGUUCGUCUUAUUCCGGAAGUUUCUGUGGGAUCCUCACGGCGAGAAAAUUCUCCACAGACUGUAAAGGCGUUUUAAAGCCUCAGAAUCAGCGCAGUGUCACUAAUUUUAUUUUAUUUUUUACAGUUUUUACACAGAUUAUCUGACUUUCAGUUCAUCAGAUUGAAGCACUAAAACUUUCCUCAAAUUCUUCAUUGAAUUUAAUCUGAUUUCAGUUUAGGAGAACGCCGUUUAGGAGCUUUAAGCAGCUUAGAUUUUUACUGCGGAUUUUACACAAUUUUGAAAGUUGAAUUUGACGGCUUGAAAAUAUUUGUGCUGAAUAUUUAAAAGAUGAUAUUUUUUAUAUAUAUAUUGAAUUUUAAACACUUCGAAAAUGUGCACUUAAAAUUUCGACAAGUAAAAUUCUGAAUAAAAAUAAUUUAAACAUGUUUGUUAAGAGUUAAAAAAUUCAAACUGAGAAAUUCAGCGGGAUUUAAAAAUCUGAUGAAACAAAUAAUCAUCCAUACACAUAGACGUGGUUUAGACCUGGUUUAGACCUGGUUUAGUCCUGGUUUAGUCCUGGUUUAGACCUGGUUUAGACCUGGUUUAGUCCUGGUUUAGAC